UCGGUCAUUCUAUUCUCUACAAUGUACAACCCUGGCUCUCCUCUGGCAACUUUCCUCUUCACUUCGGAAUGCGUUUCUGAGGGACAUCCGGACAAGAUCUGUGAUCAGAUUUCGGACGCCGUCUUGGACGCCUGUUUGGCAGAGGACCCAUACGCUAAGGUGGCUUGUGAGACGGCCGUGACGACUGGUUCUGUGACGAUUUUUGGCGAAAUCACGACUACGGCAAACCCCAAAUUCGCCCACAUCGCUCGGAAGACUAUAGAACGUAUCGGCUUUGAUAGCUCGGAUAAAGGGUUUGACUACAAAACGUGUCAUGUGUCCAUCAGCGUCGGCGAACAGUCUCCGGAAAUCGCCAAUAGCGUGCACGUUGGACGUAGCGACGAAGAUCUGGGAGCUGGCGACCAGGGCAUCAUGUUUGGGUAUGCGACAGACGAGACGCCCGAAUUUAUGCCAAUCACGCACGUCCUUGCUACCCGUCUAUGCAAGACGCUCUCUGAAAAGCGAAAGGACGGGACUCUGCCGUGGGCCAGACCUGAUUCGAAGACUCAAGUGACAAUUGAGUACAGGAAUGACAACGGCGCACUGUUGCCCGUGCGUGUACACACGAUCGUCAUAUCGACUCAACACAGCGACGAAGUGACGCACGAGCGCAUUGUCAAAGACUUGCACGAGCACGUUAUCAACACUUCGAUUCCUCGAGAAUACAUCGACGAAAGGACCAUUUAUCACUUGAACCCAUCUGGCCGUUUCGUGAUUGGCGGACCUAUGGGAGACGCCGGGUUAACUGGACGUAAACUGGAGGUCGAUACGUACGGCGGCAGCUGUCCUCACGGCGGCGGUGCCUUCUCUGGUAAAGACGUCUCGAAGGUCGAUCGUUCCGCCGCCUAUGCCUGUCGCUGGGUUGCUAAGUCGCUUGUUGCCGCCAAUCUUGCUCGUCGCAUUGUCGUCCAAUUAUCCUAUGCAAUUUCCAUUAAGCAUCCGCUUUCCGUCUACAUCAAUUCGUUCGGAACGGGCGCAAAGAGCGAUCAAGAGCUUAUUCAAAUUGUGAUGGACAAUUUUGAUUUGUCACCUGGUGGCAUCAUUCGGGAAUUGAAGCUUCGCCGCCCAAUCUACGAAAAAACCGCAGCUUACGGUCACUUCGGGCGUAACGACCCUGACUUUACUUGGGAGUGCCCGAAGAAAUUGAAGUAUUAGUAAAAAGACAAGCUAACGUUUGCCAAUUGACAAAAAUCUA